UUGAGACAACACAAACGCAGCAUUAUUCACAUUUUUUUGCAACAUUUCAGUUAUUCACUUGAAUUUAAUUUGACAGCUGGAUGGAGACCUGAGGAAGAACUGCGCUACAGAGGAUUCUUGUACUUUUUAUUUUUAUUGCUCCUCUCAAAGACAGUUAUCUUGGUGCCCAUGCUAUUAGUCAGAGACUUUGAGGCUCAGUUUUUAUCCACAACUUGCAAACUGGAUGUGAGAUUUACCUCUAGACUGGUCCUUCACUGUCUUCAGCCUUUUGGGGUGCCUCAAUAAUGCUUCGAGUUGGCAAAGAGAGACUUAAGAAUGUUCUGUUUAGUGAAGUGCAGCCUCCCAGGUGUUGAAUGAAAUGACAACGGACAUUUUUGCAGCUUUCAAGUAGGCGAAAAGAUCAACAACUUCAGCUGGCGGCCAUUUGUGUGCCAGAAAAAAAAAUUUAACACAGGACACGCACUAAAGUUGUUUUAUUAUUCUUUUUUUUAUUCAAUUUUAUCACCUUUUUCAGUUCUGAUUUUGUUCUUGUAUUAGGUGAUUAACCAAAUGUCAGACCCUCUGGGUAAGCUUUAAACUAUUUCUCGGACUCUACUGUCAGAGCCAAUGUGUCUGUCAAAAAGGCAAAGCUAGUAUUUUUUUUCACCUCUGCCAAGCUAACAUUUGCUAAAGACACAAAGAAAAACUUACUGAAUCAAGUCGUAACCAUUUUCUCCUCUACCUCUUAAGUUUUACUGUAAACCAAAUUUAUUUUACAACAAAAAAUAUUUCAUUUGUGGUCAUUAAAUUUCACACACAUUGCAGUGUCAAUUGUUAAAGAGAAAACACUUUGGUUAAUUUAACACUAUUUGUAACUUUUUUUUUCACCAAAAAAAAACUUUGAGCCAUAUUCCUUUUUUGGUUAUUGUACAGUUUUUUUUUUUUUUCAUAGUCAGUCAUUUUAGUUUGGAAGAUUGUGCUAUUUUAAACAACCAACAUGAUGUUUUUAUCUUGAAGCCCUUCGAAUAAGUGCUGUCUUUGUGGCUAUUAAGAGAGAACUUCUUUGAUCUUUUAAUAAUUUGCAGAGAAGCCAAGAAUAUUACAGAGAACCUGCUUUCACGGUUUUUAUCGUUUCAUCCUCAAUAAUCUCAAAUAAGCCAUUCAUAGAAACUUCUUUUUUGUAUCUUUUUUUUAAAGUGACCCAUGAAAGUCUGGAGGUAGUAAAUGGACCUCAGUUUUCAGGCCUGUGUUGCGUAGAGCGCUUCAGGCGGACUCUGCGAACCCUGCCUUUUUUUCCUCUCAUCUUUUUUUUCCUUGAUCUGUUCUAUUUUUAACUUUUCUGCUGAAACUAUGCAGAGACUGUGGCAUUUCUUUACAUUGAAGCGAGGGAGAAAAGAACGACCUCACCUUCCUUAGUCUCCACCUACAUCUUUCACAUAUUCAAGCCCUCACUUGCUUACAAGGGCACUUUUUUGUGGCGGAUGCUCCUGGAGUUCCCUGGGUGAUGCCAAGCAGCAGUAAGAGUGGGGGUGUGUCUGGCCCCGCCUCCCCGCCCCACCCCACUGUUCCAUCCCGCCCCCUCCGACCUAGUCGCUAUGUCCCAGUGUCUGCGGCAACAGCCUUCCUGGUGGGAGCAACCACGCUGUUCUUCUGCUUCACGUGUCCAUGGCUUUCAGAGCAUUUUUCAGUUGCUGUGCCAAUAUAUAAUGGCAUCAUGUUCCUUUUUGUGCUGGCCAACUUUUGCAUGGCCACUUUCAUGGACCCCGGCAUCUUCCCUAGAGCGGAGGAAGAUGAGGAUAAGGAGGAUGAUUUCCGAGCUCCUCUCUAUAAGACGGUGGAGAUUCGGGGCAUACAGGUGCGCAUGAAGUGGUGCUCCACUUGUCGGUUCUACCGACCACCUCGCUGCUCACACUGUUCUGUGUGUGACAACUGUGUGGAGGAUUUUGAUCACCACUGUCCGUGGGUGAAUAACUGUAUAGGCAGGAGGAACUACCGCUACUUCUUCCUGUUCUUGCUCUCUCUGACUGCUCACAUUAUGGGUGUCUUCGGGUUUGGCCUGCUCUUCAUCCUCUACCACACCCAGCAGCUUGACAGAGUACACUCCGCCGUCACUAUGGCUGUCAUGUGUAUUGCUGGACUUUUCUUCAUUCCUGUAGCAGGCCUUACUGGUUUUCACAUCGUAUUGGUGGCAAGGGGUCGGACCACUAAUGAGCAGGUGACGGGGAAGUUCAGAGGAGGAGUGAACCCUUUCACUAACGGUUGCUGGAGGAAUGUGACGCGUGUUCUCUGCAGCUCACAGGCACCCAGGUACCUGGGCAGGAAGCGAAGGGCUCAGACAGUGUCAGUGCAGCCCCCCUUCCUCCGGCCACAGCUCUCUGAGGCGCAGCUGGCAGCCAAAGUGCUCGACAACGGUAUCCAAGGAGAUCUACACCGGUCAAAGAGUAGUUUAGAGAUGAUGGAGAGUCAGUCUGCUGAUGCUGAGCCUCCUCCUCCUCCUAAACCGGAGCUCAGAUACCCCGGCCUGUCAAGAGGAUCGGCUGGACACUCUGAAGAGAGCAGCCUGUUAAAUAAAGCUCCACCGACUCCCACCAUGUACAAAUACAGACCUACUUACAGCAGCCCAGGGAAGAACCACACUGCGCUGACACACGCAUAUGCCAACCAGAUGAGUCGUGGGGACAGUCUGAAGGAGUCCUCCUCCUCUCUCCUCCAGUCCAGUCAGCAGCCAGGCUACCGCUCUGAGCCCAGUCUGGAUGGCCGUGAGGGGGGAGGAGGAGAGCUCGGGGGUGCCGAGCGACCCACUGGAGGCCAGGGGGGACCUCCGGGCCCCGGAAUCCCUGGUUACUCCCUUGGGGGACGCUCUUACCCCUCCUUCUCAGACCCCACCGUGCUUUCUGGAGGUGCCUCACGCUCCUCCAGCGUUCGCUCGUCCCACAAUGCGCCACCCUCCGAGGCCACCACCUCCACCAGCUACAAGAGCUUAGCCAAUCAGACGCCUCCGCCAGCCCCUCGUAAUGGCAGCUUGUCUUAUGACAGCCUGCUCACGCCUUCCGAAAGCCCAGAUUUUGAGUCCGCAGCGCCUGAGCUGUCACCUGGACGACCGCGCACACCUGUGCUUGGAUACAGCUCUCCAUUUCUGUCUGCUCAAAUCGCUCAGCAACGGGAGGCAGAGCUUCACCAGCCCUCUGCCUCUAGCUCCGCCCUGCUUGCUUCGCCACACCGCGCUGCCUACCUGCGUGGCUCCGCCUCCUCCCCACCCCCACCACCUGAACGAGAGCGCGAGCGGCUGCUUCACGAUGCACAUCCCCAUCAUCAUCAUCACCAUCAUCACCACCACCAUCACCGACCCCCGCGCUUUUCCCGCCCGCCGCUCCUGUCUGACUCGGGAUUGUCACAGCCCUCCUACCCGUACCGCACUCGCUCCACGGACGCUCCACUGCCCCCCUCCACCCAUCCACCCCGCUCACCUCACCCCCCUCCCUUAGGGAAGUCUCUGUCCUACUCCAGCGCUGCGGCUGCUGAGAUGCAGUAUCGCCUGGUCCGCAAGGCCUCCGCUUCUGUCGGGGGAGGGGGCAUCCAGGCGCCCAAGGACGAGAUUCAGAUGAAAUCUUAUAGUCGGACGAAUGGGCAGCCCAGAUCGUCUCUCCCUCAGUCUUCUUCUUCUACCCCCUCUUCUCCCUCUCAUCCAGUCAGUGUCUCCACCCGCCCAGGACAGGCCUAUCCCAGUGUUGGUUCUUCUCAGAGCCCCGCCCACAAGCCUGGAGGUGGGGUGAAGAAGGUGACGGGCGUUGGAGGGACCACGUAUGAGAUAUCAGUCUGAGUGAUGGCUGGCAGCUUCCACUAGCCUGGUGUCACCGGCUGGACCAUGGACCUUCUUUUUCUGCCUACUCUCACAGGAGAGCCUCACUACUGGAAGUGAAAUAUGUCAUGUGCACAAGACAAUUAUUGGUGCUUCCACACCAUGGAGUAAAGACUCCAAAUCUGUUUUUACCUAUGAGAAAAGAAUGAUAAAUGACCAGCAGGUUUAUGGUCAGAUAAGACACUCAGGAGGAGGAGGAGUAGAGUUCUGUUUCACAAAUAUGGCACCUUGUCAUACAAUCCCCUCACGUUUCGAGGCUGGACUUCCUUGCUUAUAUCUAAUGAGGAGGUGUGGCAAAUACCUGGACUGCUUUUUUUGUUUAAAUCAGUAUAAGAAAAAAAGAUUGCUCUAUGACAAGUGUGUAAAUGAUAAAUUGUAUGUUCUGUAUAGAGAAAAAUGGUUUCAGUUCUUCUCCUGGGGGUUUUCUCCAAGUGGCUGGCUUUCAUUCAGAGACUUUAUUGGCAUGCAGUUGCCAUUUUGGACCACUGUGAUUGGCUUAUGAGGCCAUUCUGCUUCUGUGUAUUGACCAAUCAGAACUGGAGAAGCAAAGCAGUAGUGGGGAGCUUGGAAACGAAAUGGCAUAAUUUGUUGUUUUAAUGAUGAGCCUUUUCAAGAUAGUGUUUUAGAGCAAUGGCCUUGGAAAUCAAGGAAAAAUGUUUUUAUUUUAUUUAAUUUGAAAAUGUUAUUUUAUAUGAAUUUAUAAAUAGCUAUUGAUAAGAUCAAGGAUUUGGGGCGUAUUUGAAUAGUGCAAAUUUUCUGUAGGUUCUGUGAUCCACACAUCAUAUGUUAAGGACUUGUGAUUUGUUAAUCAGAGAAUCUGCUUGAAACAUGCAUUACUUGAAUGCUUCCCUUUCUUUUCUACUACAGCUGAUGAGAUUUAUGUCCAAUUUGGAUUUUUAAUCAAUCAAGUGGGCGAGAGAAGACUUGCCUACCAUUGAUUGACGGCUGCUAUGGCCACUCAGAGGCUAAGCCUGUGUCUCCACGUAAAGACAAGCCUUGAAAUCAUCCAGAUGAAACUAUGUAAUGCACAGUCGCUGAGAUGUAGCACCUGAACACAUCUGACACACAGGUUUGCCCACUUUAUGGGAUAAAUUUCAGCAUUACCUUGUAAAGUAUGUCUGCCUCUGAGAAAUGUCGUUUUUGGUUAUCAGUUAUCAUUUGAAGAGAAAUUCUUGGUUGGCUUUGUCUCGCUGACCAAUUGGGAUUAAAAGCUAGCUGGUCAGAGAGAUGGGGAACUAUAUCAGUGCACUCUGAUAGGACAAUGGUUGACCUGAUCAGUGUGACCGCUGUGGUUACGAAUUAUGAAAAGCCUUUUUUUUCUUAUUUAAUUUUUACUUUCUUUCAAAAUGAUUUUGUGGACGUUUUGCAGGGCUUGUGUUUCAGUGAUUCCUUGAUUUGUCAGUGGCAUUAAAUUGAACUUUAGAUCAAGACUGGACUAAAUGCAUAUUUUGUCCAAUUGGGCAAAAGGUGUUUUGACAGCUGAUUUAACAGUCAGUGAAUGCCUUCUCUGAAAGAAAACAAGAAAUACUUGGGGGUCUGGAUCAGUAGGUUACUUAAGAAGGAAAAAAGUGUACUGUAUAGCUCAGUGUGAGUGAAUGUAGGUAUGUGUGUGUGUGCGUGGUGGAGCAUUGGUAAUAAACUCUUUAUAAAUCA